AUGGACUACCUCCACCACCACCGCACCUCUUCCUCCGCCUGUGUGGGAGGAGUAGGAGUGGAAAUCGGAAUGGAAUAUCCGAAUUCUGCCAAUUUCGGUCCGAAAAUAUUCGAAUUUGAAACCGUAUUUUUCAUUCCGAUUUCUGAAGUUCCAGUUUCCGAUUUUUCCGAAUUUAUUUGGAAUAACAUCGGAAUGCUGGCUGGCUUAACCCUCUUGCUUCGACGUUGGUCCACAUUUCAUUUAUCAUGUGCAGUGAAAAACUUGAACAACUCCAAUUUGAAGAAGGCAGCAAUCACUCCAUUGAACAUUUCUUGCUGGAGAAGGUACAGUGGCAGCACGAGUGGUCUUUCACCCGAAAGCUACCGUAGUCAAAGUCACCAUAUCCUUCAAAAUAGCGGACUUCAGCACCAUUUCAAGAAUUGGCAAAACUUGAGAAAGCAUAAACUAACAGCAAGUACUUUUGCCCUAGCAGUCGGUUUUUGGCCACGUGGACGGACCAAAUUAUGGCUGGAGAAGAUCGGAACAAACGAACCCUUCUCUGGCAACCUAGCUACAUGUUGGAGCAACAUUAACGAAGAGGAAGCACUCAAAAAAUAUAUACAAAUGUAUGAAGAUUAUGGAAAUAGGUUGUUAUUUAUAUCAAAACCCGAAUUUCAGGUCUAUGGGAAGAACAACCCUGAUGAUAAUUGGCUCGCAGCUUCACCUGACAGAGCUAUCGACGGAUUUAAAGACAAAACUGAUUUUUAUUGGGAACCCACUAGUGGCGUUCUUGAAAUUAAAUGCCCGUAUUUCGGUGGUGAAGCGAACAUAGCCUUCCCAUGGAAACGAGUCCCUCUGCAUUACAUCCCCCAAGCUCAGGGUUUGAUGGAAAUACUCGACCGUGAUUGGAUGGACAUGUAUUGCUACACAGUUAACGGGAGUAGUUUGUUUAGGUUAUACCGAAAUCAAGAGUAUUGGAAAAUCUUGAAGAUAGCGUUGUCUGAUUUCUGGUGGAACCAUGUCCAGCCAGCAAAGGAGAUAAUCAGUACAAGGGUGAUUACCAAUCCGCUUACCGAACUAAGUUGUCUAAGGCCAACCCCUAAGCACGAACUUCAUCAGUGCAUUGUGCAUGCAAGCAAGCUGCUUGUCGACGACUCGGAUAUGUUGUGGCGGGAAAUUUGCGUGGCGAAUUCAAGACCACGAUAUAAUUACAGCAGAAGAGCUAUAUGAUGGAGGGUCUUGAUAUAGUACACAGCAGAUUCAAAGCUUUAUAUAUACUUACAUGUUUGUUUUACAUACAUGGAAUUAGGCGUCGAGGAUAUAGGAUACGCACGGCAUAGAUACGAAUUGGAAAGUCUAGGAGAAUUUUCGAAUUCCGGCAAUUAAAAUCCCGGAAAAAGAUUCGAUCUUGGAGCAAUAUUUUUCCUUCCGAAUUCAUUUCCGAUUUUUUUAUUGGAAGUAAUGUACUAUUUAUAUUUCCGAAAUCAAUUCCAAGAGUUAAGAUUUUUUUUUC